AUGGAGCCCCCGCCGUCGCUAUCGUCGGCGGACGAGACGUCGGUGCUCAUCAUGGGCCACCGCGUGGCCUUCCCCGCCGGCAAGAGCCCGUUCCCGGCGCAGCUGGCCUCUCCCACGGGCUCGGGCAAGACGCUGGCGCUGCUGAGCUCGUGCCUCACGUUCCAGCGCGACCACAUGCGGGACGCCAUGGCGACGUACUGCGAGCAGAAGGCGCGGCGUCAGCAGCAACUGCAGCAGCUCAGAGCGCAGGAACGAGCACAGCAACAGCAACAACAAGUGGAACACCAGCAACGAAUGCAACGGAUACGGCAGUGCGAGGACCAGAUGAGAGCUCUGCAGCAGCGGUGGCAGCAGCAGCAGCAGCAGGAGGAGGGGACCGCGAAUCAGAGCCAACAUUCUGCCAACCAGAGCCAAUACGCUACCAGCCAGAACCAAUUCACGGCCCAGUACAACGCCGGUCAGAUCCACUUCUCCGCCGGUCAGAGCCAAUACGCAGCCAGUCAGAGCCAAUGCACAGCCAGUCAAGCUUCGGCCUGGGACGAUGACGCUUUCGGCCUCUUGCAACGCAGCGUCAAGAGGUUUAAGCGGGAGGACGGCACGACCCCGGUGGUUAUCGACCUUACUAAUGACGACCCGUGUGCAUUGCUCGACCAAGAGACUCAGCUGGAUUCGCAGCAACUGGAACAUGAUCAAGAGAUGAAGGAGGAGGAUGCGGAGCAGCAACAGAGGCAGGAGCUAGAGGUGGAGCGGGGGACGCAAACCGAGGAGCAGCCUGUACUUGGACCCAAUGAUCUUGAGAAGGACGAACCGCCGCUUGUAAACGAUGAACCUACGCUGGUGAAUGAAAAGUGCCAGGCGCUAAGGAUGGAAAAGGAGCGUCGACGAACUGCUGGAGACAUGGAAGACGAGGGUGGGUGUCCUUUCAGUCAAACGAGUUUCAGUCGACUGCGAGCGCGCGCGCCGCAGGUCUGGGACAUUGAAGAUAUUACCAAGGAGGCAUCGACGUGCGAUGAGUGCGCAUACUUCUUUUCGAAGAGUGCUCUCGAAGAAGCGCAUAUUGUUUUCUGCCCCUACAAUUACGUCCUGGAUCCGGCGAUCCGCAAGGCCGUCGGCAUUAAUUUACAUAACGCUAUCGUGGUUCUGGACGAAGCCCACAACGUUGAGGACACGUGCCGCAGCGGUGCGAGUCUAGAACUCACUGAACACAUGCUCACCAGUGCGGUCAAGUCGUUCGACGAUGUGAUCUGGCAGGAGUCCAAUAACCCACCUCCGCCUGGAGACCCGGAAGAUGUUGACGACGACGAUUGUUACGUUCUAUGGAGCACCGAAGACUCAAUGGAGAUGCUGCGUGACUGUAAGCUUCUAAAUGUGACUACCGGUGACAUGGAGGAGAUAUUCCAGCACGAGCAGAUGAAGUUGGCCACUCCAGGCAAGAAAAAUGCAGACGACUUCAAGCUUCUGAUUACGAAAAAGAUGCGAAUUAAUGACAAGAACGAAGAGGUAAUCGACACGACGCUAUGCAUCUGGUGCCUGAGCGCGGCGGUUGUAUUCUCAAGCCUGGCACUCCAAGCCCACAGCGUGAUUCUAGCUUCUGGUACACUUAGUCCCAUGGACUCUUUCGCUGGCGAGCUUGGCGUCGACUUUCCUAUCCGUCUGGAGUCGAAUCAUGUUGUAAACAUGCGGAAACAAGUAUUUAUCGGUGCAAUUAUGAACGGUCCGGGUAAUGUUGACCUCAUAUCAACGUACAAGAACCAGCAGAAGUUCCAGUAUCAGGAUUCAAUGGGCUUCUUGCUACUGCAAUACGCGCAAGUGAUUCCCGGCGGCAUUCUCAUGUUCUUCCCAUCGUACGCUCUGAUGCAUAUACUGAAGGCGCGCUGGCAACGCACUGGGAUCUGGGAUCAGCUCGGGAAGCACAAGCGAAUGUUUUGGGAGCCACGUCUUGGUGGCAAGGAGUUUGACGCACUGCUCAUUCAGUACAAGACCGUUAUAGCUGAGCAUUCAGUAUCACAUAGUACUCCGAGUGGUUGGGUCAACAGCGAAGAGCCGACCCAAACGGGAGCAAUUUUCCUUGCUGUGUAUCGUGACAAAGUCAGCGAAGGUAUAGAUUUCUCGGACGACAACGCGCGCGCAGUGCUUGCUGUUGGGAUUCCGUUCCCGAAUUUCAAGGAUCUCCAAGUAUCACUGAGGCGGGAGUAUCAAGACCACAAGUCGCGCGUGAACAGGAAGCUCGUGAAUGGCUCGUGGUGGUACAAGCUUCAGGCAUUUCGCGCGCUCAACCAAGCACUGGGUCGAUGCAUUCGGCACCGUCGGGAUUACGGAGCUGUCAUUCUGAUCGAAUCGAGGCACCGAGGUAACUCGCACGGGAACUCGCUGUCCAAGUGGAUGAGACCGCACGUUCAAGAGUUCUACUCGUCCGAGGACUGCAACCCUCUUUUUGCCGAGUUUUUUCAACGGAACCAGGUGGAGAUGCCCAUGGCGGCGCCUGCUCCCGAACCGGAACCAGCUCCGCUUCCAACUCCAGUGACAAAUGAGACGGCGCAAAACGGAUCAUUUAGUGACCCUAUUGUUCUCGAGUACGAAGAGGAUACCCCGAUCAAGGCCGAGCUUCAAAUAGUUCCUUAG